UGACCUGAGGCGAUGCGCAUUGGGCACCCGACCCGAUCUCUCUCCUCAGUCACACAAAUAUAUCUGUUGCUCCAAUCUCCAAAAGCUCUCCCAAGAUUUCUUCCAAAUAUCUCACGUAAAUCCCGCGGCUUCCCUCCGUUAGCGACUCAAUCGUCUCCUAGGUGCAGCAUGGCCGGAGAAUCGGAGAGCUUCUCCACCGCCACGGAGGACAACGCCAAGUACGGAUUCGAGCGAGCGGAGAUGUACGAAAGCAACCUCGCCGGAACCGUUGACCCGUACGAACGCCACGUCUUCCUCUGCUACAAGUCUCAUGAGUUGUGGCCUUCGCGCGUGGAGGAUUCCGACUCCGAUCCUCUCCCUAAGCUGCUCGCCUCCGCUCUCAAAGCUCGUAAAAACGAUAUCAGUCUCAAGACUCGGUUGACCAUAUGCGAGAGAAGUGAUGAUGUGAAGUUGUCCAACGGAGAUGUUCUAAUUUUUCCAGAAAUGAUUAUGUACAGGGGUUUGAAAGACUCAAAUGUGGAUAGCUUUGUUGAGGAUGUGCUUGUUAAUGGCAAACCUUGGCUGUCCGGAGUUCAGGAGGAGUUGAUCGGUUCAUAUGUCUUUGUUUGUGCUCAUAACAACCGAGACCGGAGAUGUGGUGUUUGUGGCCCAGUUCUGAUUCAAAAGUUUAAAGAGGAGAUUGAAUCCAAGGAUCUGAAGAACCAGGUCUUUGUGACUGCUUGUUCACAUGUAGGAGGACACAAGUAUGCAGGCAAUGUGAUAAUCUUUAGUGCGGGUCCUGAUGGCAAUAUUGCUGGUAAUUGGUACGGGUAUGUCGCACCUAGUGAUGUUCUGGAAUUGCUCGAUAAACAAAUUGGCAAGGGAGAAAUCAUUCAUCGAAUUUGGAGAGGCCAAAUGGGUGCAAAUGUUAAAGAAGCUGAAAAAGUUGAGGAGAUGAAGCUUACUAAUGGAACUAAUGUUAACAACAAUGAAAAGCAACCUCAAGAGAAUGGCACCGAAGAAAAGACGGAAAGUGUGUCAAGCUGUUGCCAGGGUGGUGGUGGUGGUGGAUUCUCAUGCUGCAGAGAUGAGACUGUUGAGAAGAAAUCAGUUAAUAAGGAAUGGGGAGGACUCUCGUCCUGGACUGGCCAAUGGGAGCAGCGCCAUGUCCUCACCACUGUUGCUGUGGUGGGUGCAGUGGCUACUGUUGCUGUGGCUUAUGGUCUCUACCGAAGAGCCAGGUGAAGUGCUUUCUAUAAAGGGAGUUUCAUGCCCGCUAUUUUUGUAGAGAUGGUCAAGUAUAAUAAAACUCUUAAAUGACCACCUGAAAUGAAACAAAGGAUUCUGUGAAAGCUCGACAAUCAAGUUACUUGAGAUUUAGUACACAUUGUUGACUGGUUUGUAUCAAUAUUCACUAGUAGUUCACCCCAAGGACAAGGAUGAUCAUCUACAGGUGGUACUUAUACAUGAACAGUUAAUCCUACUCUGCUUCAGCCUGGAACUAAAAUGUGAGAAUUUAUGUGUUGCCGUGGAAUAAAUGAUUAUCUAUCUUCUUCAAA